CCUUUGAGCAAUAUGACUGCCUGAACAGGACAGUGAUUGUAACAGUGUAAAACAUGUCAUAAAAAGGGUGAUCUCAAAAUGGGCUGCUACAGAUACACUUGCAUAUAAAUUCUUACAAGUUAUUGUCAAAUACAAGUAAUCUACUGUACAUUUUAAAAAGUCUGCACAUAUAGAUAUAUGGAUAACAUUGUUGAUUCAUGUGGCAGUGUGCAAUAUAAAAAUAUAUGUUUAUUUAUGCUAAGAGAGGCAACAGUACAAUCUUUUGGCACUGAUAUUCAUAAACUUAUUUGAAAGGAGAUGUAAUGAACAUGCAAACAUGCUCAAUCUAAGCAGACCCUGCUUCGCCAGAGGACUGGCAUGCAUCUACUGUAAAUUAAGAUUGGGUGGCAACUACAGAAGGAAGGAACAUUGCACAUAGUACAUGUGAUUUGAAGACGCAAAACGAAAAAAUUAAUUCUGGGAAAUAUUGUUGCUACAGAAAGCCACGUCAUUUCCUUUGGUGACAAAUGUGUGGUUUCAGUCUUUAAAAAUGUAUUUCAGAGUUGUGAUCAUGACUAGUUUGAAAUUUUGUGAACGGAGAAUGAAUUGUCAUGUUAGGAACAUGAUUUGGCUAUCUCAGAGAUCACAAGCAAAAUGCAGAAUAUUCCUUCUUAUCCUCUUCGUAAUUGCCAUUGAGUUAAUGCAGCCAACAAUAUCAUGCAAGAACCAAAAUUGCAGCCAUCUUCUUCACAGAAGUCUGAAGCUCACCAGGUUUAUGAACUGGAGCACCUCAGAACUCUUAAAAACAUAUAAAGCCAGUCAAGGGGACUCCACAGACCUGAUCUGUGAGAUGCAAAUGGACAAUGUUCCAGUAUCAACAAUCUCUGGCCAGAGAAUACCCGAACGCAUCUUGAGCGUUUAUACCCACCUGAAAGAAUUUCUUCCGUACCUAAGAACAGUGAUGGAGCAACAGAAAGACUUAGAACCUCCAACCAAUCCUGUGGCUGAGGGGCUUAACAGUAUGAUUAAACAUGUCCGCCACUUUGCUCUGAUGGUGAACUGUAUCUUACAAAUGCUGCAGCCAAAUAUACCUAUUCCUGAACCAGCUGAAAGGCCAACAGGAAUUCCCCCUGCACAAAAUAUUUUCCAGCAGAAGGCCUAUGGAUGCAUUGUCUUGUCUCGGCUUCAGGAGCUCCUUAGUCAAGCAGUUCAUGAACAGAAGUCUAUUAGGAGUACAAUCUGCAGAAAAGGACAAAAAACAUUCUUGGACUAAAAAGAGUUCAGUGAAAAUUUGACACAAAAUGAUGUGUAUAUAAUUUAUUACUAUUUAUUUUUGUACAUAUUUUACUGCAGAAAAGAUGUCCAGAUUAUUAUGUUUUGUGUGGAUAUAUUUAUUAAUGUAAUUUAUUUCUGUUUUUACCUAAUUAUUUUAUCUCUACAGAAUAUGUAGAAAAAAGUGUUACAAAAUGAUUUGUGCUAUACCCAUUUGGGACUACUUUGGAUAAUCUCAUUUGACUGUCAUUGACUGCUGUAGAUCUUUUUAUUAAUUAGACUGUAAAAACACUUUUUAUUAUGAAGCAUCAGCUGCAAUCAAAACUGUACCUGAUUACAUAUGGUGCCUUUUGACUUCCUAGAAAGAAGGUGCAAAGCCACUUUAGUUACUCCAAAUUUCUUAACAGUACUCUAUGAGGUUAUGUAUGUCAUCACAGGCAAUUGUUUUGAUAACACAGACAUUUGCAGUGAUCUACUGUGAUGUUACACAUUAGCCAUAUUGGCAUUUGUGGUCAAUGCUAUAACAUAUGGCAGGACCGGAAUAACCUAGUAAAAUUUAUGUACUGUCUGAGACAUAGCCUUGCGCAUUUUAGAAGACAGGAAGUGCAAGAGAAUGUGAUAUCAGCCCAUAAUGACGCAUUCAUAUCACCACAUCAGAAAGGAGGGAAAAAACUGACUAGCCGUCUCCCUUGUCACAAGGUAUGAGUCUGUGUUUGUGUCCAUGUGUGCAUGUGAGUGAAUCUCAAGCUGUUCUUUUGUUAAUUAAUCGACUAUGGCUUGUUAUUUUCACUCAGCACAACUUUGAAAGGUUCACAUUUAAUUUCUGAAUGUAUGUAUAUAUUUAGGUAUUUCUAUGAAAACUGUAUGUACAGGUGCAUCUCAAUAAAUUAGAAUGUCCUGGAAAAGUUCAUUUAUUUCAGUAAUUCAACUCAAAUUGUGAAACUCGUGUAUUAAAUAAAUUCA